AUGUUGGGCACGGUGGACGAGAUCGAUUACGAUGGCGAUCGUGUCCGCAAGGUGGUGGUGCGCUUCCCCGCACUGCGCGCCGGUGACUCUGCAACGGUGAAGGAGGUGCGAGCGUGCGAGCGGAUUGGCCAGGGCUCCUUCGGCACGGUGUACCGCGCCGUUUGUGAGGGCUACCCGCGACUUGCGUUGAAGAUAUCUACCGGCAAGAGCACCCGGCUGCGGCAGGAGUUAGACGUGCUGAGUCGCGUGUGCACCAAGGGCCGACUGCUGCUGCCGCGCUUUGAGUUUGGUGCGCUGAACAAAACGGCCGAUUUGAUUGUCGUUGGCAUGGAGCUGUGCGUGCCGAGCACGCUGCACGAUCUCCUCCUUAGCACCCGCAUCACGAGCGAGGCGGAAAUGCUCUUCAUGGCCUACCAGGCCGUCCAAGCGGUCUCGUACGUCCAUGAGGAGGGCUGCAUUCACCGGGAUAUCAAGCUGCAGAACUUCGUGUUUGAUCUGGACGGUAAUCUGAAGCUCAUCGACUUUGGACUUGCCUGCAACUCACUCAGCCCACCGGCGGGCGACGUGGUGGCGGGGACGGUGUCGUUUAUGUCUCCCGAGAUGGCCCACAACGCACUGCACAAGGAGAAGCGGGUUAGCGUCGGGGUGGCGGCGGAUGUCUGGUCCCUCGGCAUCGUCCUCUUCUCCAUCUUUACCCAGCGCAACCCUUACCCAUCUGCGGAAGCGGCAGCGCGCCAUCGCAGCGCCAGCACUGAGGCCACCCCACAGGAAAUACCCAACAGCUGCAGCGGCGCGCACAACAAGGAAAAUAAGAACGACGUCGGUGCGCAGCAGCGCCUGAAUGAGCGUCUUCUCCGGCGUGUGGCGGCGGGGGACUGGCAGUGGCCCGUCGGCGUCGGUGUCUCGCAAGACCUGAAGCAGCUCGUCAACUCGAUUCUCAUCGCCAGCCCGGAGAAGCGACCGACCGUGGAGCAGAUCUUGCAGAAUAAGCUGUGGAAUCUGCGACGGCGCUACCCGCCCGCGGCCGUCGCCGCGUUUCUGGGCGUGCAGGACGACUUUUUACUCUCCCACGAUGACGCGCACCUGAUGCGGGCGGUGGAGGAGCGAAGUGCCGGGGUGACGGCCUCCCUCCUGCACAGCCGCGUGCAAAGCCCCGACCAUGCCUCCUCGUCUUCCUCCUCCAACAACAACAACGGAGCUGAUGGCAGCCGCAACGCUCACACAAUCCACUCCCAUAGCUCGCACAGCCAGAACGUAGAGGAGCAGGAUAAGGAGGUGCAUCAGCAGCUACAGCAGCACGUGCCCGGUACGACCACGCCUCCUGUACGAAGCUCUCUCAAGGUGGUGCAGCGCGGCGGCGAGGGCGGCGUCGACGGGGCAGUCGCCGUACAGGUUUAUGACGUGCGUGCCAGCACCCGCAAGCGCAGCAAACCCAUUCGCGAGAUUUCAAUCGUCAUGGCCGAAGAGACAGCGAAGCGGCGGCAGUCCAGGUCGGGUCGUCGUGGCCAAAUUGCCGCUGCCUCCGCACCAUCGUCGCGACGGCCCUCUCGUGCCGCGUCGGCCGCGGCGGAGGGAGACGAAGAGGUGAAGGAGGAGCCGCGCCGUGCAUCGUCUGCAGGGGCGUCGCUGUGGCUUCAGCACUCGACGGUGCCGAGGACGUCACGGGCGAUGUUUCUUGAUGACCGGGUAGACGAGGAGGCGGGAAAGACGACAGAUGAAGAAAUCGAAACAAGUGACGAGGAUGUCGUUGAGAUUCCCCGCCCGCUGGGAAGGGCAGCGAGCAAGUCCGGCUCCAAAUCUGUAUCCAAAUCAUGCUCACGUCAGCGACACGCCAGCAAAAACUCCCGUUUCAUCGCGGAAGAAGGCGAAGAUUCGAAGAGACUGGCUGUGCAAGAAGACGAAGAAGACGCCACAGACAAUGCAGCCGACAACGCGCUUACGAAAACUUCCGUGGUGACCUCCGCGCCGGUGCUGUCCGGUUCCUCUCAACCUUUGAUCCCCACGACCGCGUCCGCCACCGAAUCAAAGCCAUCCGCGGCUCUGCAACGAGAGGAAGGUCAGCGAUCCGGAAGUGUCGAGUUGGUCGAAAUAAGCGGCAGCACCGAUGAAGCUGCUGUGACAACGCAAGGCAAACAACGACUGAAUGGCACUCAUGUGAACUCAAAAAGCCGCACGGCGCCUCACCUCCGUUCGCGCGACACGUCGCUACGGCAGACCUCCUCCUCCAUCCUGCACGGCGUCACGCAAUCUUCCUCUAAGAGUCUCCCCACGGCGAAGGAGACGGCGACAAAGCCGCAACUAGUAGUGGACUCCGCGACGCAGGACGCACAGGCGUUCUCGGCGGCCAAACCGGUGGUCAGCAGGAGUAGCUCUUUUCCUAGUAAGUCCGACAGUCGAGGCAUUGCUACGGCCCCGCCUGCUCGACGGGUCGCACCACUUCCGUCAAAGCGAGCGCAGCGUGUUGCCUUGGAGCUGAGCCUCGACGUGGUCUGGCAGGACGAGGCUGAUCAUCGCCGCAACCUCUCCUCUGCGCUUCUCAUUGAGCACGCGUGGUUGCUCGCGAGCUUCCGACUGACCAUCGAGGAGGACCAAGAGCGCUACAACAUCACCUGGCUCGCCGAGGAGCAGGAGAAGUCAGCCGCACACCCGCAUCGCUUCAAGGAGAUGACGCGGGUGACGAGCAAGAAGUACCAAUACGGCUUUGUGUGUGACUUGUGUGAUUACGAGUUCCUGCCGGAUGGGCCAGACGAAAAAGACCUUCAUUACUUUCACUGUCCUUGCGGCCGUGACCUGUGCCCCGACUGCUUCGAGGAGUACCAGCGGCAGUGCACGUGUUCGUGCUGCCACGUUGUGCACCCCAACAGCUGUGUGCUGCGCGAGCACCUACUGCAGACGGGCGGGUCGCAGCUCUACAGAGGCCUGAGGGGAAUCGCGAGGGGUACCGCCGCCCCUCACGUCGACGGGCGAGGCACCUAUCAAAGCGCACCGGCUGCGACGCAGAACGACGACGGCAUGGAGUACGUGCCGGCACCGUCGUCGCCGCCACAACUGCAGCCGAAGCGCCGCAAUGGCCGCCCACGCGGGUCGGACGCCCUCGUCGGAGGCAACACCACGACGACCCCGCCGGCGAGUCAGAAUAGCAUUCGUGCUGGAAAGGACACCGGCCGUCGUCGUCGUGGUAAAGGUGGUCGUGACGGUGGUGAAGCGGGCAGGUCCGCCGCCGCCCUCGACGUUGACGUGGAAGGGGCGGACGAAGUCGCGCAGAUCCACCCCCCUCGCAUGUCCAUCGCAGCGAUGCAGCAGGAGCGCGUUGCCACAGCAAAGCCUUCAUCUGCAAGCCCUUCAUCGGAGUCGCGUUCUCUACGGGGACGUGCUGCGGACGCUCGUGCAAACGGCGCCGCAGAUGUGCCGCAGCGGCCGGAGGACUUGGAGGUGAAGCAACGACCGGUGGAGCACCUCCCUGAGGGACCGUGGAGACCGUUUGCGCGUUUUAAGAAGGAUCGCAAAGAGGCGGUGGCGCGACAGCCCACGCCGGAGGAGCGAGACGCGCUGCUGAACGGUGACUGGAUUCGAUACUUCUACUUGUUUCCAAAUUCAGCGGCCGAUGCGGGUCGUGGUGCGGUGGACGCUGAGGACCCCUACGCGUUUGUCUAUCACGCUCAACCUGGUCGCACCGGUGCCAUCUUCCUCACCAGCGACUUCCCGAUGCAUUCGGCGGUCUUCUCGAUGCUGGAGCGACAGUUUUUUGUGGUGGAUCAGGUGGACACCGUCGACGGGGCGGACAGCACCCGUGCGACCUCGUUGUUGAGGGCGAAGGGGCAGCCGGACAUGAAGAUUGCCUUCCAAGCUCUGCAGGACAUCGUCGCGUACGACACAAAUAUGAUGAAGCAGCAGCGCACGCCGGGCACGGUGUCGGUCUACCAGGCACCGCGCAGUGCGUACAGCUGCAAUGGCGAGCCUUUCUUGUAUGUGCGGUGGUUCCGCUUUAACGAAGAUCGCACCCUCAGCGCGUUUUUGCUCUCCAACGGUGCGGUGCAGGUGUUCGUUAACAAUGAGUAUGAACUUCGCUGGUUUGAUGAAACGCGCAAGUUUCUUAUUCGCUACAACGGUGUCUGCGAGCUGGUGGAGGACAACGCCUUCACUCUCGCACCUGCGAUUAAUCACCUGUUGUACGACUCCUUCGACGGGUAG